UCCUGGACGCGCCCACUCCGCAGGAAGCAGUUACCAGCAGCAACCGGAUGUACUGUGAGAAGACAGGAACAACAAAGAGGAGAAAGUACCCGGGCUUUAAACCGACUCGAGAACACCAAAAUCAAGGAAAUUAUCUUGCGUUGGUAGCAGGGUAAAAGAGUUUGAGUUUGCAUGUGAGGACAAGAGUCCACUGGGCCAACAAUGGCGAAUACUACAGAGGAUAUCGAAAACAAUAUGGACCAACAGGAGACCAAUACAGUCCCAGAACCCACCCAGCAACCACAGGAAGCUAGUGGGCCCAGAGCACGGUCCAGAGGAGGUUCAGCAGCUGGAGUUGGAGCUGGAGGAGCGGGUGAUGGUGGUGGUGGUGGUGGUGGUGGUGGUGGUGGAGGAGGUGGCAGUGGCAGCGGCCCGGAGCAGAACGGCCAGCCCCCCGCCGCCAGUGCUCCAAGAGUGGUGGAGAGAGAGGAGGAAGAGGAUGAGGAGUUGACCUUGAAAUAUGGGGCCAAGCAUGUCAUCAUGCUGUUUGUUCCCGUCACACUUUGCAUGGUGGUCGUCGUGGCAACCAUAAAAUCCGUCAGCUUCUACACCCAGAAUGACGGGCAGAGAUUGAUCUACACACCGUUCCCCGAAGACACAGACACAGUAGCACAGAGAGCCCUCAACUCCAUCCUGAACGCCACCAUCAUGAUCACUGUAAUCAUCGUUAUGACUUUGGUGCUGGUGCUAUUAUACAAGUAUCGCUGCUACAAGGUGAUCCAAGGCUGGCUGUUCCUCUCUUCCCUCCUCCUGCUCUUCUUCUUCUCCUACAUCUACCUCAAAGAGGUUUUCAAGACCUACAAUCUGGCCAUGGACUACAUAACUCUGGCGAUAAUAAUUUGGAAUUUCGGAGUGGUGGGCAUGAUGUGUAUUCACUGGAAAGGACCUCUGCGGCUCCAGCAGGCCUACCUCAUCAUGAUCAGCGCCCUGAUGGCCCUGGUUUUCAUCAAGUACCUGCCAGAGUGGACUGCCUGGCUCAUAUUAGCUGUCAUAUCUGUCUAUGAUCUGUUGGCGGUGCUCUGCCCCAAAGGGCCUCUGAGGAUUCUGGUGGAGACCGCUCAGGAGAGGAAUGAGCCCAUCUUUCCAGCUCUCAUUUAUUCUUCUACGAUGGUGUGGCUCGUCAACAUGGCAGACACCGACAGGCCAGAUAGGAAUACGACAGAAGCAGCUUCACCUCAACAGGAGCCUCAAGAAGCACCAGUGGCGUCUCCGGCCCCCUCGAGUCCAUCACAAGACGACGGAGGUUUCACCCAAUCCUGGGUCAGCCAGCAGGAGCAUCAGCUGGGGCCGCUCCAGUCCACCGACGAGUCCAGACGGGAGAUCCAGCAGAUGCCCACGGCCCGUCCUCCUGUUGAAGAGGAUGAUGAAGAGAGGGGUGUCAAGCUGGGACUAGGAGACUUCAUCUUCUACAGCAUGCUGGUGGGAAAAGCCUCAGCCACAGCCAGCGGCGACUGGAACACCACCCUCGCCUGCUUCGUAGCCAUCCUCAUUGGCCUGUGUCUGACCCUGCUCCUCCUCGCCAUAUUCAAGAAGGCCCUCCCCGCUCUGCCCAUCUCCAUCUUUUUCGGCCUUGUCUUCUAUUUCGCCACAGACAACUUGGUACGGCCCUUCAUGGACAAGCUGGCGCUACACCAGUUCUACAUUUAGCAGGACGCUGCCCUGAUAACCCUCACCCACAUAGCUCUCCGGCCAACAACAUGAGAGCAGCCCCUUCAUAGCCGGGGAACAAAGGGCGAUGCUGGGACCCCCUCCUGCCCCCACAUCCCCUCCUAAGAGCUCAUGAUGCUGGGACACAAGUUGUUUUGCUCUGCCUUUCUUUCUGGCACCGAGGGAGCAUAUUCUCCAUGACAGCUGUUCCUUAACCUUUGUAUUUCUGUGUUAAACCAAGAAGUGACACUUCUCGCUCGGCUUGGGACCUCAUCUUCAGUUUGUUUGCUGAUCACACGGUCUCAGUGAGAAGAUUUUACUUUUAUUUAUCCAGGGAAGCUUUACAAGAGCUCAUCUGCUUCUUUUUCAGCAGCGCCCCCUUUUUUUUUUUUUUUGCAUCCACACACAUUCAUACCUGGCUGAUGCCCAGUCCAACCGCAGUCUUCUACAGCUGUGGCUUUACAGCAGGUGCCUUCCUCAGGGACACCUUAGCGGUAGCUGUUGAGCAAAGGGAGACAUUUUUGUGAAAUCUCCCUUCAAAGACUUUGAACUACUUUCCUGUCACAUGUCUGUUUGCAUAACUCCAGAGCUACCACUGGCCCCAAACUAAACCGAAGAUUGCAAAGCCUUCAUCAAACUAAUGGACACUCAGUGAUGAUAGUGAUAAUAGAUAGAAAUGUGUAGUUUGAUUGUGUAUAAGAUAUCAGUCACCAGAGUGUGCUUUUCUCACUGCUAAGAAUGGUUACCUUUUUUUUUUUUUUUCACUUUAGACACGCAGAAGUCUGAAGCAGGUGUGAUUUACACUGAUGUACACUGAAACGGAUGCUUUGAACAUGUGAGGCUCCUCCUUAUGUGAAUAGUGGAGAAUUUUCUCUCUUUGACUGAAUAGUAAGUGUUAUCGUGACACCCAACACAUCAGACCUUUUCAAUAAGUUUUCUGCCCCCAGUUUUAAAUGAAAUCACGUGAAUUCACAGCUUGAAGAGGGAGAAAAAGAGCACUACAGUGAUACACUCACACCUGAGACUUGUCAGCCACCGAGCAGUUCUGCUGGAGCAGCCGGUGGUUCAGUGCCUUGCUCGAGGGCAUUUAAAUAGUUGUGAUUGCUGUAGGACAGAAACAUGCUCUUUGUUCUCUUUCCUGACUCAAAGUUUGUUGUUUUUAUUUUAAUUUUUUUUUUUUCCAAACCUGUCCAGGGAUUGUAACCUGUGAUCAUCUGGUCACAAAUUCUGAACCUUUAGGCUAUAGCUGCCCUCAUGAUGCUCGCCUGGUGCUUUUCGGAUCUAUGCUACAUCAAUACUGAAAUUAUUUUAACUACAAAAAGAUACAAUUAUCUGUUCUUUUUUUU